AUGUGGUCCGCCCUAUCUCCCUCUACCGCUCAUGAAGGUGCCGUGCCUCCCCUGGGCGCUGCAGGCCCUUCCAAGAGCAUCACAGCCUGUCUGCCGGAAAGGAACUUCUUCAUGACAUUGUCGGUCAUGACGAACGAUGAGAGCGAGGUCAAGAGGAUCAAAGAUGAGCUGCAUCAGGUGGGCAGGGAGCAGGGGAGGGAGCAGAACGGAGGGAUGCACUCAUGUGAUGACGAAACAGAGGAUGCGUUGGUGGUGGUGUGUGUUGUGCCCUUGACGAGCCAGAAACUGGCCCUGUGCAACACGGUGGUGCUCUCGCCACAGCUGGCAUCUCGGGCGGUGCCGGGAGAGGGCAAUCAGGAGGUGUACACCUUCAUCAUCUUAGCCAAGAACCAACGGACGCCAAGAUCGUAGAGGCCUUCUACAUGUCGCAGCAGAGCGACAGCGGACCGAUGAUGGAGCUGAUUCAAUAUGUAGGUCAUCCCUAGACCAGAGAGAGGGGGAAGAGGCUGACCAACCUCUGGUUGUGUGGCUUCCUUCUCUUGUCAGGGCCGGCUGCACAUGCCGCACAUCAACACAAACGCGGCGAAGAGAAUGAGGAGCAGACCGCGGAGAACUUCUAUGGCCGGUGGCGCUAGAUUAUAGUGCCUAUCCGGCACUGAGGCCGGGAGGGCCGACGGAGGAGGAGUUCAAGGCGGACGACCAGGAGACGCGGCAGUGGUUGCGGGGGUACGGCCGACCAGAGGCGGAGAUAGCCGAGAAGAUAGCGGCACAGAGGCGGGGAGGCGCACUUGAGGAGGUGAGAACGGGAGUCGGGAUGAGGCGGCAGACCAGGGGCGUGCCACUGCACUGGGAGGGAAAGAGGCUGUCAGUUCGUGUGUGGGGGCACACGUCUGUGGUGCUGUCCUGUGGCUGUCUGCAUUCAUCUGUGAGCAGGAAAGGCGGCGGGGGCGACCUCUGGAGGCGGCCAAGGUGAAUACACUGCAGUACAUGUAGUGAAGAAAUGACGGGCAAGAAUUCCAUCCCCUGCCUGCAUGGCGUCGGUGUCUUGUGCAGGCGGCGGUGGAGCAUCAAUACGGCCUGAGGGUCAACAACGGCUCCACAGGGCCCGGGGGGGCUCAGGCGACGCUGUGGAAGUCGGGCCAGUAUAUGAUCAAGAUCCUCGAGGAUGAGUUCUCGAGAGGAGGCGUAAGAGCAACGCACACAACAGACGACAGCAGACGAGAUCGAUGCCACUCUCUGUCUCUCUGUCUCUCUGUCUGUCUUUGUGCAGCCACACUAUACGCCCACACACAUUAUCUACACGGCCGAGGGCCUCAGUCGGUGCCCCCAGAUCUGCCAUUACUACGAUUCCUUUACCAUAGAGGGGCGCACCGUCAUGAUAAUGGAAUACAUCGACGGUGAGUCCGACAAAGUGAGGCAGGCAGAGCGGUCACUCAAGUGCAAAGAGGAAGGUGGACAGACAACUGUUUGUUUGGCUUCUCAAUCCUUCAGGGAAAAGAAUGAUUUUCGAGGGAUGGAAGAGGCGGCGGCCAAGGUGUACUUCAUGGGGGUGUUCACUGCGCUAGGGUAUCUGCAUGCGAGGGGCGUCUACUACUACGAUGUGAAGGUGCGUUGCUUGAUGCAAUCAACUUAUUCAGCCAUCCAUCUGUCUGUGUAAUGUGAUGUGUGCAGGGGAAUAACUUCAUGGUGUGUGCAGGGGGCGGUUAAGAUGAUUGACUUAGACAUGAUUUGCUAUGAUGAUGCCGUAAGCUCAUCAGCCACGCACUCACUCACUCAGCGUCAGUCAAUAAGUCGACAAGUCUUUUGUCCUUAUGUGUGUAGGCCCGCACCGGUGCCGCUGAGGACAUACAGAAGGAGGGUACGUCUGAUAAGCACUCUAGUCACAGAGGAAGAGACGACCCGCAUACUCAAUGGGCUCAUGUGUGUCUCUUUGUUUCUCUCACACACAGGAGAAGGAGACAUGCUUAGGGACCUGCUGGGGCCGCAACACUUGGUACGUGGCGGAUCGCAGCAGAGAGACGCGACACAGUGCGUGCGAUUUAUUCUGAUGCUUGUGUCCCACGCUUUGUCUGAUUGGUGCAGCCCUCGACACAGCCCUCGACAGAGCUGCAGGACCUGUUGGACCGUAUCUCGAGGGGACAUAUCAC